AUGUUGAUGUACAACGCGCCUCGUAUGCGAUCUGACUGCAAAUGGUUGGUCGUGCUGGCAUUGGCGAUUCCGUUUCUUCUGUGGCAGUGUGGACCGGCCAAAAGCAUUCAUGAAGAUGCACGGGAGCAGCCAGUUUUCGAGUGGUGCUCGCCCAACGCUCAUCCCCAAAGUCAUGCACCCGGAGGACACAUGCCAGCUCUUCGCAUUAAGCCGCCUGCGAGAUCUGGGUUGAGCGAAGUGCUUCUCCAUGUUUUCCACGGCGUCAAGAAUGCCACAGAGCAGAAUCAAGCAUAUUUUCUCGAUGAUCGCAAUCUGCUCCACGGCAACGAAGAGCUCUCAUGGAAUCGAUUUUUCCAGCCCUUGGGAGGACAACCAAGUUCAUCCAUUGACUUCAAGCCAUCCUGGGAUGUUGUCAGAGGCUCUGGGCAAGCAAAUGCAUCAUUGAAUGAGGAAAGAGGUGCGGUUCUCAACUCGAACCGGCUGCUUUUGCGCCAAGUUUGGCAUUUUCAACCCUGGGUGCGAGGGCACAUCUGUCAGAGGGUUCAUGCGUUGCACUUAAGCCGUCCUUAUGUUGGGAUCAUGAUUUCGCACGAUAAGAAGAGAUCAUCGAUGAAGCGCAGCCCUAAUGCCAGUCUGAUGGCUUACAGAGACGCGUUGGUCAGCAGAACUUUCAACGGAUUGGUGACUGAUGUUUUUGUGGCGACCAGUGAUUGCCAGGUCCUUCCCCAACUACAGCGUCUUGCGCCACAAUUCAACUUCAUCAGCUUUUGUCCUGGUAUAGAAGAUCACAAUCCAAAAGCUCCACAAAAUUCCAGUAAUGCGGAUGAUCAGCAUCUUAAACUCCUGGCCGAGUUUGUGGUUCUGGCAGCAGCUGUCUUAUGCAUUGGUGACCAUGCGACUUACGCAUACCACUGGGUUGCGUACAUGCGCCCCACCGAUGACUUUGCAAGUAUGCUGGACCUGCGCCUAUACCCAUUCAUCCAGAACCUUAUGUAG